AUGUCUGCAGCCCGCAUCCAGCGGAUAGCUCCGGGGAUUCGAUCCCUCUUCCGCGCCUCCCCCGCCGAUACUAGCUUUUCCAGACUCCACCAAUCCUGCGCUCUAGCCGCUAGUGUGGGUUUCAUCCCCUUUUCGUGUGGUCCUUCAUCUGGCGCGUCGCCCGCACUUUGUCCAACACCAGCCGCCUCGUUGCCGCUUAGCGAAAGCCCCACCGCCGUUACCAGAGUCGUCCGUCAGUUUCGCGAUUCGAAUCGAACCGUCCAUUCUCUGAGCCCUUGCGUUUCUUUUGAAGCUCGACACGACUCGCGGUGCUCUCCUACGCAAAGCGGUCCCGCGUCUCAAGCCGUCGUCUCCGUGUGCACGCGAAGCUUCGCGGCAGCUGCGGCGUUCGGAAUGGCGGCGCCCAAGGAGAUCUCGUCCAAUAAGAUGUUCGGCGGCGUGAACAAGCGCUACGAGCACGAGAGCGCGACGCUCGGGUGCACCAUGAAAUUCUCCAUCUACUUCCCGCCCGCCGCCACUUCCUCGCGCGUCCCGGUGAUCUACUGGCUCUCGGGUCUCACUUGCACGGACGAGAACUUCAUUCAAAAGUCGUUCGCACAGAAAUACGCGUCAGAGCAUGGGGUCGCGCUCAUUGUCCCGGACACCUCGCCCCGCGGGUUGAAGGUGGAGGGAGAAUCGGACAACUGGGAUUUCGGCGUGGGUGCCGGCUUUUAUGUAAACGCCACGGUGCCCAAGUGGAAGAACUGGCAGAUGUACGACUAUGUCACUGAGGAGCUGCACCGGAUUCUAUCUGCUCACUACACUAAUCUGGACAUGCAGCGGUGCAGCUUAAUGGGUCACUCUAUGGGGGGACACGGGGCGCUGAUUAUCUUUUUCAGGAAUUCCACCAAGUAUAAGUCUGUGUCCGCCUUCGCCCCCAUCUGCAACCCCACGGAGUGCCCCUGGGGGCAAAAGGCCUUCUCGGGGUACUUGGGAGAAGACAAGGCAGCUUGGGAGGAGUAUGACGCUACAGCGCUCGUGAAGCAGUAUCCAGGGCCCAAGGUCGACAUUCUUAUUGACCAGGGUGACAGCGACAAGUUCUACCACGAGAAGCAGCUGCUGCCGGAGAAUUUCCAGAAGGCAUGCACCGAGGCAGGGGUGCCGCUGACGCUGCGCUUCCAGGGAGGCUACGACCACUCGUACUUCUUCAUUGCUUCGUUUAUUGGCGACCAUAUCAAGCACCACGCGAAGGCACUCAAGGCGUGA